CUAUGGUUACAGAGUGCGACUCAUACUUACAUAGGCGACGAAGGAAGGAGAGGGGUUUCCGGUGGAGAACGCCGGAGAGUGUCUAUCGGAAUCGACAUCAUUCACAAGCCACCGCUGUUGUUCCUGGAUGAACCCACCUCCGGCCUGGAUUCCACCAGCGCUUACAGCGUGGUGGAGAAGGUCAAGGACAUUGCACGAGAAGGGAGCAUCGUAUUGAUGACCAUUCAUCAGCCUUCUUACAGGAUCCAACUGCUCUUGGAUCGCAUCACCGUUUUGGCCAGGUAAAACCAAAUUUAACCAAAACUUACACAAGGGUGUUCUAUUAACCUUGAUUCUAAUUGAAUCAUGUUGUGUCUCAUCAUACAGGGGAAGGCUGAUUUACAUGGGUAGCCCAGGCGCUAUUCCGGCUUACUUGUCUGGGUUCAGUCGGCCGGUUCCUGAUAGCGAAAACAGUGUCGAGUAUCUGCUAGACGUGAUCAAAGAAUACGAUGAAUCAACCUUAGGAUUAGACCCUCUUGUAUUGUACCAGAGAGAUGGGAUCAAACCUGAUCAAGUGGCCAUGACACCGAUCCCUAAACCCAUCAAAACCCCUAAAACUCCAAACAAGAGAGCCGAUUCAGGCCUUAGGGUUUCCAUUCCACUCCAAAGCCAAGCUUUCUCUACCUCAGCAACUCCCAGAGCAGACCCAUCCAGCCAAUUUGACUACCCGGACGACGACGACGAUGAAGACGACGACUUUGACAAUUCACUGGAACGCAGUAAAGCAACUGUCCACACGCCAAUGCACCACCACCAUACACCAAGUGGAUACCAUCAUAAUCCUCGCCUAGCUUCACAUUUUUACAAGGAUUUCUCUGUUUGGUUGUACCAAGGCUUCACCGGCACACCACGCCGACCACCUUCAUGGACUCCCGCUAGAACCCCUGGCAAAACCCCUAUCUCCAACGCCGCCAUAAGCAGAUUCUCAACUCCACAGCGAAUCCCUAAAACCCCAAUUCCUCUCACCCUCCCCAUCCACACAUCCCCAUCCCCUUCCCCUUCUCCGUAUCGAUAUGAAACUACUUUCGAAGAAGAUGAUGAUGACGACGACUACGAGGAAGAACAAGUGCUAGACCAGCCCGACCACAGGACCAAAUUCGCCAACCCGUGGGUUCGCGAAGUGGGCGUGCUAUGCUGGAGGACGAUGUUGAAUGUAGUCCGGACGCCAGAGCUUUUCCUCUCAAGAGAGAUCGUCCUCGUGGUCAUGGCCCUGAUCCUCUCCUCUCUGUUCAAGAAUCUAGGGGACACCUCUUUCAAGGCCGUGAACCACCUCCUGAAUUUCUACAUCUUCGCCGUCUGCCUCGUCUUCUUCUCGUCGAACGACGCCGUCCCGACCUUCAUCCAGGAGCGAUUCAUCUUCAUCCGGGAGACAUCGCACAACUCCUACCGCGCCUCCUCCUACGUCGUCUCCACGCUGAUCGUCUACCUCCCUUUCUUCGCCGUUCAAGGGUUCAGCUUCGCGGCCAUCACCAAGUUCUGCCUCCACCUCAAGAGCAGCCUGUUCAAGUUCUGGGUGAUCCUCUUCGCGUCGCUCAUCACCACCAACGCCUACGUCAUGCUCGUCAGCGCCCUGGUCCCCAGCUACAUCACCGGAUACGCCGUCGUCAUAGCCACCACCGCGCUCUUCUUCCUCACCUGUGGGUUCUUCCUCAAGCGGACCAAGAUCCCGAUCUGGUGGCGCUGGCUUCACUACAUCUCGGCGAUCAAGUACCCGUUUGAGGCGAUGCUGACGAACGAGUUCAGAGGGGAGAGGUGCUACAACGGGACGUCUAGCGACCUGUCGCCUGGGCCGUUGGGGGAGCCCAAAUUCAGUGAUCUACAUGCUGGGUUGAUCGCUGGAGGGAAGGCGGAGGGGCUUUGCCCGUUGAUUGGAGAAGAUGUGUUGUCGUCCAUGGAUAUUACAAUGGAUAAUUUGUGGUAUGAUGUUGCCAUCUUGCUGGCUUGGGGAGUGCUUUACCGGCUCUUCUUGUAUGUGGUGCUCCGAUUCUACUCCAAGAACGAGAGGAAGUGAUGAUAUUGCGUAGAAAAUUGGAUUGGGUUUUCCUUCUCUUUUUUUUCAUUUUUAUUUCUGUAGUUUUGUUUUUUUAAUGUGAAUGGGGAAGAAAUUUAUGCAUGACAGCUAGAAAUAAGGAGAAAGAGUCAUGAUACAUGUAAGUUCCGUUUGGUAUGUUUUUUGGAUGGGAAUAAAUGAUGUAAUUUCAA